UCCUGCAAAAACUGGCUAUGAAAUGGAACAGAAGAGACGGAAAUCUUUGACCCCUUUUUACCUGAUGGCGUUUAAUUUGAUUAAAACGUUUCCAAGCGUCUCAAGAUACCACAGAAUGAACAGGAAGUGGCUCAUUAUAGUUACUGCACAUUUAUUCUUUCACUUGUCUGUGGGUGUAGACCUUAUUGUCUUCUACAGAAUCUCACAAGUUGCUCUGGAGACUAUAGGUGUCACAUUGCUUAAAAUCAUGAAUAUGAUCACCAUUAUUCUGUGGGCUCUCGCAAACCAGGUCACGAGCCAAACUAAUGUUACAGAUAUUUCUUCUGCGAAUAUCCUGGCCCAGCAGAAAACUAUAAGCGAGAACAGCUACCUUGUUUUGACCUGCAGCACGUUUGGGAAAAAGAAACAGAUCCAGGUUACUGUUUAUUUAUGUAAGGGCGACCUUUGGAUCGAGAAAAAGCAACAGAAGCAAGAUCGAUAUGAAACCACCUUCACCAUACACAGAGUGGGUCUUCAUCACAGUGGGAACUACAGCUGUGUCUACUCCACAAGGGACGAUUUGCCUCCCAAAGUAACCAAGAAAAGAGAGCCCAUUGAGAUUGUGGUUAUAUCCAAUUUUCUCCCUGCAGAUAUUUCAGUAGCUGCGCCGUCCGAUGUCCACGAGGGAGACGAUGUUGCGUUCAGGUGUAUCGUUUCUGGCCCCCUGCAAACACUCGGUGAAUGUCAGCUCAUACACUCUUACUUGAUGAGAAAUGAGACCAUCCUCCAAGUGCAAGCAUUUAAUGUCCCCGGGAUGGAGGCGAAUUUCAUCAUCGAAGGUGCCGUGGUGAGGGAUUCGGGCCAUUACAGCUGUGUGGUGCUGCCAUCAAAAUGCAUCCAAGAGGGCGAGAAAACACUGUAUGGAAAUAAUGCAGUAUUAGUCGAGGUCAAAGAAACUUUGAUCUUUAGGUUGAUUGCAUCUUUUAGAGUGAUAGCCCUGAUGAUAUUACUGGGACUGGGACUGUGUCUGUGGUGGAUCAACAAACAAGGUAUCAGAACCUAGGAGAUGAGGACUUCACGUACUCUGCUGAUCAUGAAGGAGUGUACAGUGUUGCAGGUCAGAGAUAACCUACUUUGAGUUAUUAUACAAGUAGCUUAGCCCAUUAAAGGCAAGUAGAUGACUGUUUUCUAACAUGUAGAUGAGGAUGAUGAGUUCGAUGACUUUGAUCAGAUGUGUGCCAACUCACACAUUUUUAGGGCUUAAGGUCCUGUCAAAUCCUUAUUGUGCACUAUUCUCAUAUAGCGCACAGUUGGCAGCGUGAGAAAUAAAGUCAAAUCCAAUCAAAUUGGUUGUUAUUGCUUGGAUUUCUUUGCUUUACUAACAAUGCUCAAGAACAAGGCAGAAAAUAAAUAAUCAAGUUAUAAUAGUAAAGCUUAGAAGGCAAUAUGAUACUGCAUUGUUUUAGAUUAGCUGUUUUUCUGUAAAUAUCUUCGGUGCAUCUUACAGGAAAACCACAAAUGAAUUUUUAGUAGCAGUGCAGAUAUGUAUAGCAUGUUGUGCUCUCUGACUCACUACAGCUAAUCUGGUUAUGACAUUCAAAGAGAAAGUGUCAAGAAUGAAUGCAUGAGUGUGUGAGGAAGCGCACACACUCCCUCACUAACAUGUUGGCUUAACUAUUUGUUUGUUAAGAAAGGUAGUACAUGUUUUCAUCACAGUUGUCUUUAUUUCAGUUAAAGUUAUAAAAACAGUUUACAUAGAAAAACUAAUAACAUGCAUCUAAAUGAAUUUGUCAGUCUGUAAAACACACAAUCACAAAGUAAUCACCAUUUCC